AUUUUUUUAAAAAAAAUCAAUUAUUUUUCCUCAAAAAUAUUUUUAAUAAAACUAUUGAAAAUGAGAUUCCCUAAAUCCUUGAAACGCGGAGCCAAUUUUUGAACUCUCAACAACCCUCCAACUCCCCCCAAGUUGAGUCUCUGGUGAAAGCUAAGGAGGCUUUGGAGACUGAGUUGGCUCUGUCUAGUAACGAAAAUAGUAAGUUGGAGACUGAGUUGGGUAAAAUCAGUGAUGGGAAAGUGAGUUUGGAGAUAGAAAAGGGGUUGUUUUGUGUUUUUAUUGAGACACAGAUGGCUGAAAUGGGUGGUUUUGCAGAUGGUUUGGUGAGAGAAAAGAAAGAGAAUGAAAAUGAGAUUGGGGUCUUGAAGAGUGAGGUUAAGGAGCUAAAGAUGAGUGUUGAGGCUGAGAGAGAUAGAUUGAGUCGGGUUUGUCUCGACAGGGAUCUGUUGAAGAGUGAUGUUGAUAAUUGGAUGAAGGAGGCUGAUGGUUUGAAAGAUAGAGUGAUUGAAUUAGAGAAGAGGGAGAGGGAGAGCGAGGAAGAGAUUGAGAAACUGAAGAAAGAAUAUGCUUUGUUGGUUAAGGAAAAGAAGGAUAGAGAGAAAGAAAUCGAGGAGCUUAAAAGGUUGAGAUGUUCGGCUGAGAAUAAUUUGAUGGAGAAAGUGGAAGAAAUUGAGUAUUUGAAGCGAGAGAUUGAGGAGAUUGUGAGGGAAAGGAAUGAGAUUGGUGUUGAAAAAAGUGAGCAGAAGUUGAAGAUUAUUGAGUUGGAGAGAGAAGCAGGGGAACUUAAUGAGAUUAUAUCAAAUUUGAGAAAGGAGGAGGGAAUUUUGCGCAAAAAAGUUAUGAAAUUGGAGGAGACUUUGGGGGAGGCGCUGGAGAAAAAGAAUGCAAUGGCAAGGGAAAUUGAUGGUUUAAUGGAAGAGAAGAAGGAAAAGGAAAGAACUAUUAUGCGGUUAAUGGAGGAAAAUGAUGCUGCCCAGAAAUAUAAGAUCAUGGCUGAUGCUGAAAUUGAGGAUAAGAAAGGAUUGGUUCAGAAAUUGUUGAGAGAGAAGAAUGAGAUUGAGGAAGUGAAAGUUAUUAAGGAGGGUGAAAUUGUGAAGCUGCAUAAGGAGGUGGGUCAUUUAAGGGAUGAUAUUUUUUCGAUGCAAGAAUCCAUCAAAGACCAGGAAGUUAAGUACAAACAAGUAGCUUCUGAAAAUCUUCAUUACAAAGGUGCUCUUGAGCAAGUAAGGCUUGAGAGGGAUAAUGCUCAAAAGAGUUUGGAUGGAGAGAAAAAGAAUGGCAUGAAUUUGAGGUCUAAAGUUUUGGAGAUGGAGAAGAGAGUUGAAGAAACUGUGAAGGAUUGUGCAAAGAUGAAAAGCGAGCAUGAGAGUCUGGUCAAGCAGAAGAAGGAAAUGGAAACCCAAGUUUCUUUGCUGGAGAAGGAAAAAGAUUUGGUACAAAAGCAUCUCACAGAGGCAGAGGGGAAAAUAAUUGACUUGAGGAACAAAAUGGAGUCAGCUGGCACUAUUUCAGAUAGAGCACUAACCAUGUUGAAGAGCACUGUUGCAUUGUUGUGUGAAUCGAACAAUGGAAAAGAAGAGAUGACUGUUACUGAAAAGAUGCUUGACAGUGAAAUUGAACCAUAUGCAAGUGAGCUGGAAGUUAUCAAGACUGCUUUUAGAAACAAGGACACGUUGGUGGAGGACAUGAAGCAGCAAGUAGAAUACCUGAGGGAUUCUGUGGCAAGGGCAAAGAAGAAGAACGGCCUUUUGAGUGUAAUGUCUUCGGCAACUACAGUUGUCGCUGCAGCAGUUUCUCUUGCAUAUGUUGCUAGAGUACGUUGAUGAUCAAUUUUCCCUUUCUAGGCAAGUUGCUUUAGUUCUAGAAUUAAGCAUUGCUCAAUCACGCUCUGCCUUAGGGCAGAGUUAUGCCAUCUUGGUACUCUUAACUUUCGUUUUAGAUAAUGUCUGAAAACCUGACAUUGCAACAACUGGAGGUUUUUUCAACAGCCUAGUGGCAACUAUCUGCAUCUUGUUUAUAUGCAUUGCAUAAUUUGUGGGAAAUGUUCGACCACACUCUAGCACAAUAAGCAGGGCAUGUUUCGGGACGUUAUUGUGCUCUACUAAUAACUAUAGUGGUUUAGUGAACUCUUUUGAUUGCUCUAGUUCGGUUGUCUUGAAUAACUGGUGUAUAUUUCCUACUUGCCAUAACGGUUUCGAAUGGCUCCUGAAUAAUUGGAUUUCUUCCCAACCAGAAAGUAUAUAUGACUGAAUUAAAACCUUAGAUCAUUCUUGGACUGCUUCUCAGGAGUUCCAACGUA